AUGUAAUUUAAUAAAUCAUAAAGUGCAGCAUAAUUUCGUUUAUAACUAGCAACAACUACAAGUAGAUCUAAUUUUAAUACAAAAAUACUUAGUCCGAGUCCUAGUCCUAAAACUUCCCAGACUUUCAGAGCCAAAUAAACCAUAGAACUCAUACAAAUAUAAAAUAAUUUCCCAUAAAGAGAGUUGUUUUUUGAGAUUUAGAGGCUCUGGAAUGAAAACAAGAUUCCUGAAAUUCAUCAGAAGUAUUACUACUUCAUUCUGACUUCAAAUCUUGCAUGUCAGGAAUAUCUGAUGAAAUAAGAGAUUGAAAGUUAUAAACUACAUGGAAGUAUUAUUAAGACUUUGAAUCAAUUAACUAUCAGUCGAGAAAUUUGUUUAAGUGAAGCAUUGGCAAUCUAAUAAAGUGAGAAUAUCAUAGAAUUUGUCUGCCUUAUUUCAAAUUACAUCUAUGAUCUUAGAAAAAUAACUUUGAAUCUUAUUGAGUACUAAAGGAAAUGGGUGAAUAAAUUGUAUAUUCAAUAUGCCUACAAUUACCAAUGGAUUUAUCAAGGAGAGAAUUACAUAUUGAAAAUUAAGCAAGAUCAUAAGUCACUGUUUUAGAAGAAUCCUGUCCUAAGGAAAUUCUUUCAUAUAAGUGAAACCGCUGAUGAUAUUUUUUAUAUGGAAAUUAUUAAUCAGGCUUAUGAAAGAGAUUUAGAAUAUUUUGAUUAUUUAACUAAACAUAAGCUUGAUCAAAAAUACUUAAAAAAAAUCAAGGAACUCUAGACUUAUAUAGCAGUGUCAUUUGCAUCCAAAUAAUCGGAAUUUAAGAAUAGAACCCUAAUAAAAACUAAAACUAAUUUCUUUAGAACAAAGGAUAUGUAAAGUGGUUAGGUUACAUCAAGAAAGGGAAGUAUAAAUAAAUUGUAGAUCGAAUUGCCACCCCUUCCAGAGUAUCGAAGUCAAGAGAUCUAUAACUCAGAAGAUAUUUCAUUUAUUAUUAAAGAGUGGCCAAUAAAGGAUAUUCCUUAGAUUUUAAGCUUUUGGCUUUCCUCUAAUUGUGAAGAUUUUCAUAAGAGUUUCUUAUAGCCUUCAACUUAUAUAUAAGAAACCUUGAGUUAUGGUUUAGAGGCGAUAAUGUUAUAAAUAUCCGAUCUAGGAAUAAUGUUGGCCAGUGUAGAAUAGGAUUGCAAUAUUAGAAAAUGGGUGAUUCAUUUAAUUGUAUGCAAGGAGCAGAUAUUUGAUAAAAUUAUACAACAUUUUAUUAGAAUGUUGAUAAACUACGGAGACUCUUUUGAGUAAUUAGGUAUAAAUUUCACUUUAUUGGAAUGUUUUGAGCAGAAUCUUAAAAUUCUAAAUUUUUAUUUUUCUAAGAUAAUAACCAUUGAAAAUCUGAAGGUUAAUUAUACUUAAUAUGUGCUAGAUAUUAAAAGGACGGAAUAAGAAUAGUAAAGUAUGUCAAUCAUUUAUGAUCCUAUAUGUUUUAUUUAUGCAAGAACCUUAUCUAGAAUAAAGAAAUUAAAAUUAAAUAGUGAUGAAGAAAUAAUGGAGUGCCAAUUCUGUGCUAAUUUGGGUAAGUCUAACCUGAUUCUGUUUGAGGAGAAGACCUAAGAAAGUGCAAAAUAUUUAGUGAAAUAGAAAAUUUAUGGAUCUUAGUUUCAACAUCUGUAGAACGUAAAAGAUGUUUAGAAAGUUUGUCAAAGAUUUAAAUCUCCAGUACAAGGACCUGUUUAUUUGCAAUAUUUCAAUAUGAACUUGCAAUUUCUAUCAUUUUCAUCUGAAAUUCAAAAAUAAACUUUUUAACCUUAUAUACGAUUUCCACAAGUAUAGUUUACUUCUUAAUAAGAGAUCAAAAGCUGGUUUAGAGGAAGCAUCACUGUGGCAAUUGUCAAGCAAUGA